AACGUUGUGUCGCCCUGUAUAAAUUAAAUCCGAAAAAUGUUUUUUUCGUACUUUAAUUUUUUGGUAAAUUCUAGUAUUUUUUUCUUUGAAUCUUUUGGCAAAUGGUAACUCAAGAUACGGAACCAUAUAUCGCAUCAGGUUUAGAUAGGUGGGUUCGUUUUCCGUCUUUCAACUUUUAUUCCCGCACUAUUUACUUUUAAGAACGGACAAGAAGUGCAACAUCGACGACGCGCUGGUCGUGUCUCACAGGGAGUGUUGAUCCCAUGGUCACUUUUACCAAGGCUGUGUCCCGGUAUAAAAACUAAAAACAAUGUCAUAGGGGGCAGUAGUUGGUGAUAGGUAGUGCAGCUGGAAACUAUUCGGCUAUUUUUCACCAAAAUGAAAUAUUUAGUAAUUCUUUCGGCUGUUCUGGCCCUUUCCCUAGGCCAAAAGUACCGCGAUCCAAAAACAGCAGCCAUCUUGGCCGAACAAAGGUACCUUGGAGGUGAUGGUAGAUUCGGUGCCCAAUACAGUCAAGAAGACGGUGUCGACUUUAAAGAAGAAAGUGAACCUGAUGGUACUCGUAGAGGUUCUUACUCUUACGUUGAUCCCAAUGGUCAAAGACAUACAGUAAGCUACACCGCUGGUAAACACGGAUUCCAAGCCUCCGGAGACGGAAUUCCUCAACCUCUUCCAACCACCCUCCCAGUAGCGCCACAACCUCAAUACACUCCUCUCCCACAAUACAAUCCCCCAGACUAUCAAGCUCCCAGACAACAAUAUCAACCUCAGGCUCAGCCUCAAUAUCAGCCACCUCAGCCUCAAUACCAGCCCCAACCUCAAUACAACCCACCACCACAACCUCGUCCUCAGCCACAAUACCAGCCUCAGCCCCAAUAUCAACCACCUCAGCCUCAAUAUCAGCCACAGGCCCAGCCACAAUACAGGCCCGAUCCUUAUACCACCACUCCAGCUCCUCACAGGUUCUACCCACCAGGAAAGCUUUCCCUCAACAGGUCUCCCGAUGGAUUCAGUUAUACCUUCCAAAAAGCUUAAAUUAAUGUUGUUAUCUAGGAGGAUUUAGUAAUGUAAUUGUAAAUUUGUUUUAUACAGCUGUAUAUGUCGUGUAAUCAUUCGGUGUUUAUUUAUUUGUGUUAUUUGUAAACAUUGUGGUGAUUUCGUGAGACUGAGUGAUGAUAUAUCAUCUAAAAAAUAAGGAAUGUAAAAUAAUAAAGAUAAUAUAAAUCAAA